AUGGCAACAAGGAACUUAGAGAAGUUGGCCUCAAUCGAUGCACAAUUAAGGUUAUUAGUUCUGAAGAAGGUGUCUGAGGAUGACAAGCUAGUGGAGUAUGACGCUUUGUUCUUGGAUCGAUUCAUUGACAUUCUUCAGGAUUUGCAUGGAGAAAAUCUCAAAGAGACGAAACUAGAUUUAGAACUCUGA